AUGAUGACCAUGAACGGCAAGCAGCAUUUCACUAUGCACCCCGCGCUGCACGAGCCCAAGUACCCUGGCCUGCAUGCCAGCUCGGAAGGCAUGCGCAGAGUGUGUCUGCCUGCCCCGCAGCUCCAGGGCAAUAUAUUCGGUGGCUUUGAUGAGAGCCUACUGGCGCGCGCGGAAGCUCUGGCGGCUGCUGACAUUGUCUCUCACGGCAAGAGCCACCCUUUCAAGCCAGACGUUACUUACCAUACCAUGAGCAGUGUCCCUUGCACCUCCACGUCCUCCACGGUGCCAAUCUCCCACUCGUCUACCCUCACUUCGCACCAUCACCAUCACCUCAGCCAGGUCCUGGAGAACGACCUACUGGAUCACCUGUCCUCCGGCCUCUCCGUUAGCGGCAUGGGGGCUCCGGACACGUCCGGCAUGAGCACGCAGGCCCAUCAACACCACCUCCAGACCAUGGGUCACCUCCACCAGGCGAUGGCCAUGGGCCACCCCCACUCUCUUUCUGUGCACAACGGCAUGGCGUGCGUCAACGACGUGGAGUCCGAUCCGCGUGAGCUGGAAGCCUUCGCAGAGCGGUUCAAGCAGCGGCGAAUAAAGCUGGGGGUGACCCAAGCGGACGUUGGGUCGGCGCUGGCCAACCUGAAGAUACCCGGUGUGGGCUCCCUGAGUCAGAGUACCAUCUGUAGGUUCGAAUCUCUAACCCUCUCUCACAAUAACAUGAUCGCGCUCAAACCGGUUCUGCAAGCUUGGCUCGAGGAGGCGGAGGCAGCUUACCGGGAGAAGAAUAACAAGCCGGACCUUUUCAGCAGCAACGAGAGGAAACGGAAACGCACUUCUAUAGCCGCACCGGAGAAGCGUUCUCUGGAGGCAUACUUUGCCAUCCAGCCGCGUCCGUCCUCCGAAAAGAUUGCAGCGAUCGCCGAGAAACUGGAUUUGAAAAAGAACGUGGUUCGUGUGUGGUUUUGCAAUCAACGCCAGAAACAGAAACGGAUGAAAUAUUCGGCAGUGCAUUAA